AUGUCGGGACAGAGCAGGCCGAAGGCGUCGGGGCAGUUGGGCGGUGCCUCUCGCAGCCGCGCUGGCGUGUUUGGAAGGCAUUUUGAAUCCCCGCUUUUGUGGCAAAGCGUUAUCAUGAUCAUUACUAUGUUGCUGAUGCUGAGACUGUGCACUGAAGUACGUGUGUCCAACGAGCUAAACAUAAAACGUCGCUCUUUUGCAGCUGCAGAUAGUAAGGAUGAAGAAAUCAAAGCACCUCCCAAGAGAUCUUAUCUGGAUUUUGACUUGAACUAUUUUUGGCAUUGGAGCAAGUUUACAGACUACGUGCAGUGUGUCCUGACCUUCACUGGUGUGACCGGUUACAUCACUUACCUCUUGCUUGACUCAUCUCUCUUUGUGGAAACGCUGGGCUUCCUUGCAGUGUUCGCAGAGGCUAUGUUAGGCAUUCCACAGCUCUACCGUAACUACCAGAAUAGGUCUACAGAAGGAAUGAGUGUCAAGAUGGUGCUGAUGUGGACCAGUGGGGACACGUUCAAGACUGUUUACUUCAUCUUGAAUCAGGCCCCUUUCCAGUUCUCCAUCUGUGGACUCCUGCAGGUUUUUGUGGACAUCGCUAUCCUGUUGCAGGUUUACUUGUACAGCUCCUACCCUCAGAAGCCCGUUUCCCACACUGCGCACCCGGCCAGCACCAAGGCCCUGUGA